CGUCGUGACUUUAGCCAAACGGAUUUACUUGACGUACAUUCGCUUGUCACAAUUGUAUUGAUUUUUCGCUCAUUGAACAUCGGCAGUUUGUUUUUGUUUACGCGGUAUUUUGUCUUCUAGAACAUGAUGUCGAGUGGAGUCAGAUAUUCUGAAAGAAAUGAUCCUAAUUGUUCCAGGGAAUUUACUCAAAAAAUUCCAAAAUGCGAACCACUUCCAGAUUACCACUUUUUCUGUCAGCUUGCCCAUGGAAGCCCCACCGGAAUUAUACAUGGUUUUACCACAGUCCGUCAGCUCCACACGAAAAUAUCGGAGUGUUUUGAUAUAAAUCCGUCUCAGAUAAUGUAUUGUACAAGAAAUACACAUAAAUUAGAUAUGGAUAAAUUAUUAAGCUAUGAAAUUGGUUUAAAUGAUUUUUUAUUUGCACAUAUUAAAGGACAACCAAAAGAGAUUAAAAUACGUAAAACAAGUGAAUCAUUUGGUUUAACAUUAACAGAUAAUGGUUGUGGUGUAGUUAUUAUAAAACGUAUUAAACCAGGAGGUUUUAUGGAUAAAGUAUCUAAAACAUGUAAUGGAUUAAUACAACCUGGUGAUCAAAUUGAAAAAAUUGAUAAUAUCUCAUUUAAUGGUCGACGUCAUUAUCAUGUAGCAUCAUAUUUACAAAGUAUACCUAUACAAAAUGUAUUUUGUCUACGAUUAAUUUCACCAGAACGUUGUCCUAUGUAUAUGAUAAGUUCACGUUCAAAAGGUAGAAAUAGUCAUGUUGGAUCAGGCAAACGAACUAUUCGUUUUAAACAAGAUGGAAAUUUAGAAGAAAAUGAGAUUGUAGAUGUUGAAAUUGAAGGAAUUCAUAGAAUUAAUGAAAUACUUGGUGAUAGUCUUGGUUUUGAAGAUAAUGAGCUUGUACACAGAUCAUAAAGAACAAAACAACUUCACAACAACAUAUUUCUCAUAUAUUCAAUCAUUCAACUCCGUAUGCUAUUAGUUAUUCAUAUUGGUUACAUACCUUACUUCAUUACUCAUAUAUAUAUAUAUAUAUAUAUAUAUAUAUAUAUAUAUAUAUAUAUAUAUAUAUCAGUCAUUGUCAAAUCAAAUCAUUAAUUGUUCAUUACACUUCCAUCUUUACAUUUAAACAAUAAAACUUAUAACCUCCUUUGUUUGAUCAUUGGAAUUCAUAAUUACCGACAUAAGUGUAAUAUACAUAAAUAAUAAUAAAUAGAAAAAAGAACACUUGAAAAAAAGACAAAAAAAAGAGAGAAAGAAAGAAAGAAAGAAAAGCGAAGAGUAAAGAAGAGAAAAUAAAGAGUAAUUAAGUCGUCAAUCGUUUGUUUUCAUUUACAUAGCAACAACAAUAAUAAUAAAAUAGAGUAGUUUAAAAGAAAUUAAUGUAAUAUAUCAUUAUAUAUUAUAUAAUAAAUAAUACAUAAUGAAAUGUAUCUAUCAUAGGUAAUUGAUUGACAGUAGUAAAUUCAUUCUUUAUUUAUAUGAAUAAAACAAUUAGUAUGUGAUCAAUGGAAUUGAAAAUUCUAAUAAUCAAAGUGAAUAUUUUAUGAUAGAAUAAUUAAGAUCAUAUGUUUAUUGAAAUUAGAUCAUCAUGAAAAAUUGAAGUAGAUUGUUUCGUUAUAUUGUGAAACUCUUCAGAAGUGCACAAUCAUGAUCAUACCCGUUACAUAUCAUGAGAUUUAAACCCAGGAUUUUAUUAGUUUUACGAAUUAGACCGGUAUUUAACAAUGUUAAUGUUUAACUUUAACUAAUCUACAAAAUGGAACGAUAUAUCUUCAAUAAUAUUUUUCAUGAAUUAUUCUCUUAUAACAAAUUCAAUGGAAUUUCAUUGGUCAUUGAUUCUUACUAGAACUCUAGGAAAUAUUACUUAAAACUAAUCACGAAUGAGUAUAUGUUGAUUCAUAUCAAAAGGGUUAAUAGUAAUAUAGUAAAAGUGAAAAUGUAAAAACAAAAUUGUGUGAAUAAAAUGUAUAGUAGAAGAAUUUCAUCUUGUCCAUUGAGAUAAUGAUAAUAAUAAUAAUAUUGUUGUGUGAAUAUGAUAUGUAAUAAGAGGGGUGUUAUCAAGGGUAAUUACCAUAAAGAGAUCAUUUGAAUUGGGAUAGAUGUAAUCCGAAAAAAAAUAAUAAAUGAGAAGGUGGUACGAGGUUUAUAAUAUUCAGUUUAGGUAUCCGGUGAACCAGUCGUAGGCCAAGGUAAAUCUAGAGGCUGGAUACAUAAGUUUGGUUUUCUGGUGUUGAUCCAGAUCGCUUAAACUAUGUAAAUUAACAGUGAUCUAGAUUCUUAAGAUAGAUAUAAAACAGAGAAAGUUUCGUCUAUUUUGAUAUAAUGUUCAUUAUCUACCAAGUGAGAAAGAAUAGUGCUGUUGAUCGAUUUAGUGACUCCUUUUCCUAAGCAUGCUGAAAAAUAUUCAUGAACAUGCAAGAAUAAAGCCCUCAGAGUACGGUUUCUGUAAUUAGCUCCACAUGAGCACACAUAGUAUAUUGACUGAUAAACAUCGUGAGAUUAUCCGAAAAUUAAAAUUAAAUGAACACAUUCUUAUCACUAAACCUGAUAAUGGAUCAGGUACCGUAAUUUUGAGCAAGAUAGAUUACAUAGGUAAGAUGAAUUCUCUACUAAGUGAUCUAACUAAAUUCCAAAAGUUUGGGUCAUGUAAAGACCUCAAUGAAAAAACCGAACGUCAACUAACUGAAGUAUUAAACAUUUUUAUAACAACAUCAAUACAUCUCUGAGCAUACCUAUAAUCGACUCAAUCCGUCUAGAACACAUACCUCUCGACUAUACGGUGCACAUGUGCGAGACAGAUAAGUCAAGGGUCCGAAUCCCGUGCACUACUGUUGAAGAGUCCCAAACUAGAACGAAAAGACUAUUCAGUGCUUCCUAGGUUUUUCCUGAUGGUCUAGUUUCAAUUGAAUCAUGAAUUCAACUAUUAAAAAUAACUACAAAUGUGAAUUAUAAUGAGUCUGAAAUUCGAACUUUGAAAUAUAAUAUAUUCUCAGAAAGGAGUUUUGUGAAGAAUUUAGUAAUUUUAAUAGUUUAAUUCAUAAGUCAAUUAAAGUUAGAUCGCUAUAGAAAACUUGAAAGCACUGGACGAUUGUUUGGUCCAGUUGUGCGACUGCUCAAUAGUGCGCCCUUACGAUCCAGCUCCAUGAAAUUCAUGAAUACAAAUUUUCAAAUAUAUAAUUUUGAAAAGAUAUUUUUAUUUCAAUUGUUGAGAUUAUGAGUCAAUUGAAGCUAGACAACCAUGGAAAGCUUGGAAGCUUUAGAUGACCAUUUCGCCUUACUGUGGGACCGCUCGGCAGUGCACAUCCACGACCCCCCCUUCGCGGGGUUCGAACCCAGGACCCAUUGUCUCACGCGCAAGCACUUAACCGUUAGACCACUGAGUCGGUCGGCAUCCGACGGUGUUAAUGUCUAACUUUAACUAAUCCACCAAAUUGAGCGACACACCCACUAUUGUCAUCAGUAAGUUAUUAUCUCACAACUGACCCAGAUGAACUGUACUGUUCACUGCUUCUCACUAGAACUCAAGGAUAUACAUCUUGAAGUCAAUCACCAAUGAGCAUAUGUUGAUUAUUAUUAUUACUUUUUUUUUAAUCUCAUGUUUAUCGUUAUUUUUUUUGUUUUGUUUUUGUUUAUGUUUAUGUUUUUGUUCUUUUUGUUUUUCUUUCUUUUUGUUUUUUUUUUCAAUAAUUAGCAUUCUAUAUAUAUAAAUUAGCUAAAUCAUCAUUAAAUCCAAAUGAUUUAGAACAACAUAUAAAUAAGAAUAAUAAAUUAUUUGAAUUUAUAUUACCUAAAACAUUAAUACAUUUAUUAUGGAAAACAGCUCAUUUCAAUAAAUCAUUUAAUUCAUUCUAAAUAUUAUUAUUAUUAUUAUUAUUAUUAAUGAGAAUUAAUGAAUAUCAUGAUUAUAAUGAUAGUGAUUCUAUCAUUAUUGGUUUCUUGAAUGAAUUUAUACAAUUCGAUAUAUGUGAUAUGAAUAUAGAAUAGUUUAAUCAGAAUUUUCACUACCGGUGAAAAGAAGACACUACUAUCUUUCCUUCUCUCUCUCUCUCUCUUUGGUUAUCCUUCCGCUACACUUCCUCAUGCGCUCUCUUUCUCUAUCCCAUGUCUACCCGUUCCACAUUACUAUCUCUCACUGUUUCUCUCAUUAUUUUUCCCCUACCCUUCUACAUGCGUGCACUUUCUCUAUCCCAUGUCUACCCGUUUCGCGUUACUAUCUCUUUGUCUCUCUCUGGUUAUCCUUCGCUUACCCUUCUAUAUGCGUUCUUUUUUCUCUAUCCCUCGUUUGCAUCUCUGAGCGCGUGCGCGCUCUAUCUCUCUCUAUCCUUUGUUUGCUUUUUUACGUCCUGUUUUUCUUCCUAUGUUACUUGUAAUUAUAAGUUUAGAAAAAUAGUUUAAUUGAAAACGCUUUAUUGAGAAGAUGUAUAAUUUUGUUGACGCUUUAAAUAUGAAUAUGAAUAUAUAUAUGUUGAAUGAUAUUAUUAUUUGAAUGCAUAAUUUAUCUGAUUAUUG